CUGUGAUCAAGGCAUAACACUCUUCACUUCUCGUUAAUGCUCUGAUAUAUAUAUCUCUCUCUCGCUCGCUUUUUGUUUCUAGCAGACAUCCUCAAACGUGCUUUCAGUGCAAAAUGGGCUGGUUCCCGACGACGCUCGAUUCCGACGCGCAGAGCUGGCGGUUUGAUAUUGUCAGUCUUUUGGCCGUGAUCGGUGGAUCAACUAUCGAAAAGCAUUUGCAAGCUAUCACCGCAUCUCCCUUCGCCGGGUUCCCCCGUCUCCUACCAGCCCCCGAGACGCUGCUGGAUACGGACCGGCCCACUCGACUGCCAUCUAUCAAGGAAGUGUCAAUCACCGGCGUCUACUCCGGCACGAGAACCUCAGAACUCAACUUCUUCGCCAAUGUCAUUCACAAGCUCGAGGAUGUCAAAGAUUUUGAGUUCCGAUCUUACACCAUCACCCAUGCGGAAGAAGAGAAGGAUCCCGAGAGCACUGGAAAGCCGGAUAACUUACAAAGUGAAAUCAUCAUCCCGCUGCAGACCCUAUGUCCGUUGAACCUGGUAACACUGGUCUCGAUCCUCAUGACCAUCGGGCUCUUUAUCUGGGCGGGCAUGAUCCACGACGGAGUGGCUCUCGUCGGCCUCGCAACCAUGUCCCUCUCCACCAGCUCCGCUUGUCUAUCCGCACAGUGGUAUCCGCGACUCCCACGCAGACCUACCAACAACGAAGUGGCACCGGGCAACAUCGUCAUGAAGACGCGCAACGGAGCCUUCGUGGUUGUCGAAUGCUCUGAGGAGAUCGCACGAGAGCUUUACGGGGGAACAGAGACCUGCAAAUACGUGUUCCAAGGCCGAGCUCAUCAGUCGCUCCUAGCAUGCAGCACCGUCCUUCUCAUGGCCUCCAUCAUCCUAUUCAGCAACUGCGGAUGGACCAUGCAAAUCGCCGUUGGCGUCGCCUACAUCAUCCUCAACAUCCUCUACUGGGCGAUGGCCCUGCUAACCGAACCACAAGACACAUGGGACAUGAGCCGAUACCAGGUGAAACAGGAUGAUCCCAUAAUUAGCGGAAGUUACACUGCAGUGUUGUGGCAAGCUAUCAAGAAAACCCGCCAGAUUGAUUGGGUCCGGUCAGGGAAUCUCGCGCCGCAAACCCCGGCCUGGGACGACUGGUUGCUUGAGGCAAAGAGAGCUUACACUAAGAACGAUAAUAGUUGGAAUCCGGAGCGUGCCAGGGACCGCUUGAUGGGCGUGCCUCGGACGCCAAUAGUCACUGAGCCGCAUCCUCAAUUGUCGGAGAACAGGACUUGAUGGGGUACAUCAUCGUGAGAGAGGUAGUUGGGUCGGGUCUAAGGGAGCAGGUAUAUUUAACCUGGGAUGAGUAGAUGAGGCCAUAUUUGGUUUUUGGGUAUUCUUUUUCUACACUGCUAAAUACUAUUGCUUUCUGGGGCAUGAAAAGCAAGCGAGCGAGAG